CUGAAAGAAAACCUGAAAAUCUCUGUUUGGAGUAACACUGAUCGCAGCUGCGCUGUUAUUUCAUUCAAUCAUUCGCUCUCCAUUUUCGACGAUCUUCGUCUUGUAGCACAGAAAAAUCAAAGCAACUCCGAUAUGUCAAGUUCUGGCUUCUCUAUUCCGGAUGCAACUGCGGCCACUGGAAAGCUGCGCGUUGGCUUCUUAGGUCUUGGAAUCAUGGGUUCACCAAUGGCACAGAAUCUUAUAAAAUCAGGAUAUGAUGUGACCGUCUGGAACAGAACCAAGAGUAAAUGUGAUCCUCUUAUCAACUUGGGUGCAAAAUACCAGCCUUCUCCUCGGGAAGUGGCAGCAUCUUGCGAUGUCACAUUUGCUAUGCUUGCUGACCCUGAAAGUGCGUUGAAUGUUGCUUCCGGAGAAAAUGGAGCUGCUAGUGGAUUGAGCCCAGGAAAAGGGUAUGUGGAUGUUUCAACGGUUGAUGCCACUACUUCUAAAUUGAUUAGUGCACGUAUAAAAGAUACAGGAGCUCUAUUUCUGGAGGCUCCAGUUUCAGGCUCCAAAAAGCCUGCAGAAGACGGACAACUUAUAUUUCUUACGGCAGGUGACAAAGCUCUGUAUGAAAGAGUUGCCCCACUUUUUGACAUAAUGGGGAAGUCAAAAUUUUAUCUUGGGGAAGUCGGAAAUGGAGCUGCAAUGAAGCUCGUUGUCAACAUGAUCAUGGGAAGCAUGAUGGCAUCAUUCUCUGAAGGAUUGCUUCUAAGUGAGAAAGUAGGACUCGACCCGAGCAUCCUUGUACAGGUGGUUUCCCAGGGUGCAAUUAGUGCACCAAUGUACUCACUCAAGGGGCCAUCAAUGAUUCAAUCCCUUUAUCCCACUGCCUUUCCCUUAAAGCAUCAGCAAAAGGACUUGAGGCUUGCUCUCGGUUUAGCCGAAUCCGUUUCGCAGUCUACACCUAUUGCUGCAGCUGCAAAUGAGCUGUACAAGGUAGCCAAAUCUCAUGGACUCGGUGAUCAGGAUUUCUCAGCCGUCAUUGAAUCAUUGAAAUCAAAGUUGCAGCACUGAUAAACCAAGUAAUUAGAUUUUGUUGCACGCCAUUUAGCUUGAAUAAUAUUUGGUUAUGGGUCAUUUGCAUUAUCGAUAGUGAACAAUUUCCUCAUAAAUUCGCCCCCGUAUUUUUAAGAAUUUGAAUCAUUCCUUGUGUUUGGAUUCAAUCAUAAUAAUAAUAAAACUAUGAUUUGAAAUUCAA